AGGCGAACUUCACCCCAGCCCCGCCGCCUCUCGAGCGUCUGAAGGGCGGCCUAGGGAGAGUGCUGGGGGCCCGCCGGCGGCUCGCAGGGUCCAGAGGCUCGCGCCUUCUCUCGGCCGGCGCGCGGUGCUUUGCGGCUGCCGUCAAGCGCUGCGCCGGGCCGGCGGGCGGGGGCGAGGGGCGGCCAUGGCGGUGGCGGGCGGGCUGCCGAGCUCCUGGAAGCCGCUGGCGCCGCUCCUCGCGUGUCUUGCGCUGCUAGGAUUCGGGCCGGUCCCGGCGCGGGCGCUGCACAACGUCACGGCCGAGCUCUUUGGGGCCGAGGCCUGGGGCACCCUGGCGGCCUUCGGGGACCUCAACUCCGACAAGCAGACGGACCUCUUCGUGCUGCGGGAAAGUCAGUGCUUGCCGGGCCCUCCCUCUGUCCACCGAAAUGAUUUAAUUGUCUUUUUGGCAGACCAGAAUGCACCCUAUUUUAAACCCAAAGUAAAGCUAUCCUUGAUGAAUGACAGUGCACUGAUAACAAGUGUAGUCCCUGGGGAUUAUGAUGGAGAUUCACAAAUGGAUGUUCUUCUGACAUAUCUUCCCAAAACUCAUGCCAACAGUGAAUUAGGAGCUGUUAUCUUCUGGGGACAAAAUCAAACAUUAGAUCCUAGCAAUAUGACCAUACUCAAUAGGACUUUUCAAGAUGAACCACUAAUUAUGGACUUCAAUGGCGAUCUAAUUCCUGAUAUAUUUGGUAUCACAAAUGAAUCCACCCAGCCACAGAUACUAUUAGGAGGGAAUUUAUCAUGGCAUCCUGCAUUGACCACUAAAAAUAAAAUGCGAAUUCCGCAUUCUCAUGCAUUUAUUGAUCUGACUGAAGAUUUUACAGCAGAUUUAUUUCUUACAACAUUAUCUGCCUCUGGUACCUUCCAGUUUGAGAUUUGGGAAAAUAUGGAUGGAAACUUCUCCAUCAGCAGUAGCAUACUGGAAAAACCUCAAAAUAUGAUGGUGGUUGGACAGUCAGCAUUUGCAGACUUUGAUGGAGAUGGACACAUGGAUCACUUACUGCCAGGCUGUGAAGAUAAAAACUGCCAGAAAAGUACCAUCUACUUAGUGAGAUCUGGUACAAAGCAGUGGAUUCCAGUUCUACAGGAUUUUAGCAAUAAGGGCACACUCUGGGGCUUUGUGCCAUUUGUGCAUGAACAGCGACCAACUGAAAUACCAAUUCCAAUUACCCUUCAUGUUGGAGACUACAACAUGGAUGGCUAUCCAGACGCUCUUGUAAUACUAAAGAAUACAUCUGGAAGCAAUCAGCAGGCCUUUUUACUGGAGAAUGUCCCUUGUAAUAAUGCAAGCUGUGAGGAGGCACAGCGAAUGUUUAAAGUUUACUGGGAACUGACGGACCUAAAUCAAAUCAGGGAUGCCAUGGUUGCCACCUUCUUUGACAUUUACGAAGAUGGAAUCUUGGACAUUGUAGUACUAAGUAAAGGAUAUACUAAGAAUGAUUUUGCCAUCCAUACACUAAAAAAUAACUUUGAAGCAGAUGCUUAUUUUGUUAAAGUCAUUGUUCUUAGUGGUCUAUGUUCUAAUGACUGUCCUCGUAAGAUAACA